UUUCCAUUCAAGAAUGAAAAUAUGAGCAUUGAAAAUAUACAAAAUGCUUUGUUAAUAUUUCCUCCUAACAGUGAUUUUGCAAAGUGCAAGGAUAUUGAUGCCAUUCAAACUGAAUUGGAAAUAUUAAAAGAAAUAUGCAAAGAUUUGAGUUUAACUAUGACAACAAAUUUUCUCAGUAUGAUUGAAAAAUGUGAAGAAGUUAAACAUAUCCUACCAUUAGCUAAUAAUAUUUGUCGAUUAGCAUUAACUGCACCGGUAAGUGUAGCUACUAAUGAACGGACAUUUAGCAAACUUAAACUGAUAAAAAAUCAUUUAAGAUCUACAAUGACAGACAAUAGAUUAGAUUCCCUAAUGCUGUUAAGUAUUGAAAAAGAUAUUUUAGAUACAGUUGAUGUAAGUAAAAUAGCAACUCAGUGGUUCAAUAUAAAACAAAGAAGAAUUCAAUUUUAAAAAUUGUAUAUAUUAUUAUUUAUUGUGAUACAUGCAUAAUUAUUAAUUUAUUAUUAGUGAUUAAAUACUCAUAAAAUUGUAUGUUUUAAGUUUUUAUUUUACCUAAUCUUGUGUAGGUACCUACUUUUGGUAAUGCUGACCAAUAUCCAAAAAUUAAUUUGACUAGGUAGUGACUAUGUACUGGUGAAGAGCAAUAAAUAGGUAUUGAAUAGUGUAUAAUAAG